UAAAAAUGUCAUCGACUCGAGAUCAAAGUAAAAAUUGUACGAGCGUAUGGAUUCAUUGCAACAGAUGUUUUCAUAACUAUUCUGAUAAAGACAAAACCAUGUAUAUUUUAUCCUGCUAUGAUGUAGUCUGUGAAAAAUGCAUAAUCAUUGCAAAUAAACAUGAAAUAAAAUGUUUAAAAUGCAAAAAUAUUGUCAAAGGUCAUCCGAUUGGAAAUAAUCUAACAACAAAUCUCAAAGAACUCUUCCAUCCACGCCCGUGGUCAUUGAAAUUUGAGAAAACUUUGUCUGUUUUAAAAUUCCAAACUAAACAACGGAAUAAUUUUAUGAAUGGAUGCAAAAAGAUGAAAGACUUUGUAAAAUCGAUGUCAAAGCAGAGGGACCACAUUAAAGACGAAUGCAAGACGCUGUACUUACUUCAAGAGAAAAAGAAGAAAGAAAAAACAAAAGCCACAGCAAUUUUACGAAAGUUAAAACAACUUAAUUUAGCAAAGAAAUACGCUAAUCGAGGUUUGGAAAAACGUCGUCCUAGUACCAGCAGCGCUUUCAAUUUUGAUAUGGAACGAAUCAAUAGACGCAACGAUCGCACGAUUCCUUCAACUUGCCACAUCAUGUCGAGAUCAAGGAACGAAGACACUUUUGGUUUUCCUAGUGCGGAGGAGAGUGCUUCAACAAGUUUCUAUUUGUAA